ACAGCUAGAACAACAUUCAGAUGAAGAUGGCGUCUUCCAUGGGUGGAAUGUUUCCCGGCCAGCAGCCCCCUGCUCAGCAUCCCGUCGGGGGUCCCGGUGGACCGGGCCAGCCCGGCUUCCCGAGUACCGCAAACAGAGGACAGGGAAACAACACCCUGGUGGAUGAACUGGAGGCUUCCUUCGAGGCCUGUUUUGCAUCCCUGGUAAGCCAAGACUAUGUUAAUGGGACUGACCAAGAGGAGAUUAGAACAGGUGUGGACCAGUGUAUACAAAAGUUCCUGGAUGUGGCUCGUCAAACGGAGUGCUUCUUCUUGCAGAAACGGCUUCAGUUAUCUGUGCAAAAACCAGAACAGGUGGUGAAAGAGGAUGUGUCAGAAUUACGCAAUGAGCUCCAGAGGAAAGAGAUGCUAGUUCAGAAGCACUUGUCCAAACUGCACCACUGGCAACAAGUGCUCGAGGACGUGAGUGUUCAGCACCGUAAACCCUCAGACCUCCCUCCUCCUGGGCCCCUGACUUUCCUGGAGCAGGCCUCAGCCAGUUUGCCUCCUGCCCCUUUAAAACCAAACUAACACGAAAAGUCCAAGAAAAGCCCCAAUAGCAGCCCUAAAAAGGAUGUUAUGUCACUACUAUGAUGAGUGCAAACUGUCAACAGUCUGUGGGAGUGAUGAAAGAAGAGGUUUGUAGUCUGGUAAUGUAAUAAUCUAAACUGUGCGAUGGCUCCUCUGUUAUGAAUCUCCUGACACUGAAACAGAGUCAUUGAAGUAAAGACCUAAACAUUAAAGUUCUCACACCCUGUACAGUGAGUGACCACUGCCAACAUAUGAGAAAACACAAGUGCAACUGGCUAUAAAACUGAGGGGACACUGCUUUAUUUAAAUGUUUUCAGUAUUUGAUUGUGUAAAUAUUUCCUUUUUUUUUAUUUUUAUUUUUUUUACUGUAUUUCUAAAAUAAAACUGUUAAUCUUUUCA